AUGUCGCGACAAACUCGUUCUACCGCUAAAAGAUUGACCCGUGUUCAACUUUCAACGCCACCAAUCAAUCCUCCACUCCGCUCAACCCAAUCAUCACAGUUGGAAACCCGUCUCUUCGCCACUCCCCAAGAAUGGGAAUCCUAUCUCACCGACAACCACCUCACAAACCCUUCAGGUCUCUGGCUUAAAAUCGCAAAGAAAUCCUGCCCAAUUCCAUCAAUAACGUAUGAUCAAGCCCUCAACACAGCACUUUGUCACGGUUGGAUCGACGGCCAACGUAAAUCCCUUGAUGAAACGCACUUCAUCCAGCGCUUCACGCCGCGUCGAAAAGGAAGUCUGUGGUCGCAGCGCAACGUGAAAAAAGUCGAUAUGCUCAUCGCGGAAGGAAAGAUGAAACCUGCUGGACAAACUGAAAUUGACGCGGCGAGGGAGGAUGGACGUUGGGAGAGGGCGUAUUCAUCAAGUAGCAACGCGACUGUCCCUGAAGAUUUUCAAAAGGCGUUGGAUGAGAACAAAGCAGCGGGAGACUUCUUCGCGGGGUUAGGAAAGACAAAGAAGUACGUGUUCAUUCAGCGGUUGGAAACUGCAAAAAAGCCAGAGACGAGAUCAAAGAGGAUUGAGCAGUUUCUUACACUUCUUGCAAGUGAGAAGAGUUUGUAG